AACUUUGUAAUAGUUUUUAAACUUCUGCUUUAGCUGAAAUCUCACGCACACGAGCUCUCUCUCUCCUGCCGCUCCGCAAGGAACAGACGCCGCGUUCACUCCCGUUUUUUCCCGAUUUCCUUUUCGUGCUCUUUAAACUUUCUUUCACUUCAAGGAUUUUUUUUCUCUCUCUAUCUCUCUCUUUCUUUUUAAGUUAUUUUUCUUCCUCGGUAUCUUAUGGCGGAUAGAUGACAGCGAGCGAGGUUUUACACAUUUUCCACACGCGCCAGAGUGUACUUCUAUAGGCUUAUUUUUAUACCAUUCUAUUCUUUUUUAUAUAUAUAGUGUAUAUAUAUAUCAAGGAUUCCACAAGUGUUUCUUUCAAACUUCUCAAAACACUUUCACUUCUAAUGGAUAUGGCUGUGCUCACAUGGGACAUCAUUCUCGCUCUAUAUUUAUUGAUUUCUCCGGCUUUGCUUUCGGCGGAUCAGAGCGGCUUCAGGAGAUUGUAUGUGCUGCAGCCUGGACCGAGCGGUACGGAUCGGGUUCACGUGAGCUCCAUUUCAUCGCUCUCGGGAGCGUCAGGGCAGCCGCACUCAUACAACGUCGAGCUCAAAGCCAGUUUCGGUGGCAGCCAGGUCCGAACCCGGAGGAUGGGGAACCAGCCGAACACGAACCCAAACCCGAGCAUUCCUAUCCGCCUGGACGCGCAACCCGCCCGGCACACAACCAGUCAUCAAAUGAAAGUGUCUGGAGUGAACGUCUGUGGGGGGCAGUGCUGUGUUGGUUGGAGCAAGACCCCAGGAUCUCAACGCUGCACUAAACCUAACUGUUCGCCCCCCUGCAAAAAUGGAGGGAUGUGCUUGCGGCCCAACAUGUGUGUGUGUAAGCCUGUCUCUAAAGGGAAGUCCUGUGAACAGACCACUCUUCCUCCAUCCUCUCAUCCAACUGGACCACUAAACGGACACACCAAUGGUGGACUUCCAAAUGGAGGCCAUACAAAUGGAUACAGCAAUGGUCAUAAUGUAAUUCCCCAGCGUCCCAUUCCUCAGCAAAACUUUCCACAGGGCCAAGGCCAAGUGCUGUUUCCGCUCUCAGGCACCAAUGGGGGACAUAUGACCCUCUCCGUAAAGCCAUCAUCUAACAGACCUAUCCCUUACCAGCCACAAGUACAAAAUCCAGUUUCCAUGAUGCACCAAAGCAAAAGCCAGAAUUUAAUGGUCCAACAGAAAAACUACCACACUCACACGCAGUCGCACGGAGUAGGACCCACCCUGAACCGGGCCAUCCCGCUUUCAGUGCGACAUAACCCAAUUCACGUUGGGAACCACACCGGCCGGAUCAAGGUGGUCUUCACGCCAACUAUCUGCAAGAUGACCUGCAUUAAUGGUCGGUGUCAGAACAGCUGUGAGAAGGGUAAUACCACCACUAUCAUCAGUGAGAACGGACAUGCUACAGACACCCUCACCGCCCCGAACUUUAGAGUCGUUGUUUGCCAUUUGCCCUGCAUGAAUGGAGGUAAAUGUAGUGCUCGGGACAAGUGCCAGUGCCCUCCCAACUUUACUGGAAAAUUCUGCCAAAUGCAGACUCUGAACGGACACCUGGGACAGCAGACAGUGGUAACUGGGCAGAAGGCACACGUCCACUCAACACACACACUGCCAAUCACCUACAGCACUGGACAAAAUCAGGGUUUGGUUAAUGUCCAUGUUAAACAUCCUCCAGAAGCCUCUGUACAGAUCCACCAGGUGUCUCCGGUGGACGGUAACGGGCAGGUGAUGAACACACAGUCUAGCCAUUCCUUUUCCUACCACAUCUCUGAGUCCAGCAGCAGCCAGAGCAUCCAGCAUGGACACAGUCAUGGUGGCGUCCUUUACCCCAACCAGCAAACAUAUGUCCAAUUCCAGCCGGUGACAUCCAAGAACCAACUAGGACGCUGCUUCCAGGAGACUGCAGGAAUGCAGUGUGGGAAAGCCCUGCCUGGCCUGUCUAAACAGGAUGUUUGCUGUGGGACAGUGGGCACAUCAUGGGGAUUCCACAAAUGCCAAAAAUGCCCCAAAAAAACAUCGAUUCCUCUGCAGCGGCCGACUACAAUGAUUGAAUGUCCUCAAGGCUAUAAGAGGUUGAAUGCUACUCGAUGUGUUGAUAUAAAUGAAUGCCAGAUUCAAGGUGUUUGUCCCAAUGGAAAAUGCAUAAACACUGUGGGCAGCUUCAGGUGUUUCUGCAACACAGGCUUUGUGCCUGACCCCACACUCUCCACCUGCUACCCCGAAACACCUGCUCUUCCUGAGGAGAAGGGUGCUUGCUUCCGAUUCGUCAGUUUGGGGACGCAGUGCUUGCACCCGGUGUCCACUCAGCUGAGUAAACAGUUGUGCUGUUGUAGUGUGGGCAAGGCUUGGGGUCCUCGCUGUGACCGCUGCCCACUACCUGGGACAGCUGCGUUUAAAGAGAUUUGUCCUGGAGGAAUGGGUUACCAUGUCACCACGCCAUAUAUUUACAAGCCCAAACCCCCUGCUGGACAUGGCCAGACAGACGAUCAAGGGCAGAACAAUCCUACCAUCAGACAUCAAGUGCCUGUCGACCCUCCGAUGCCCUUACCCACCCUUCUGCCACCUGUGGAAGCUCACAGCUUCACUGAGAGGCAGGCACCUGUACCCACAGUCCCGCAGCAGGAGAUUUUUACCCAUAUGGGUGUUGACAGGGCUGUACUACAGCCCGGACAAGCCCAGCUGUCACCUGGGGUUUCUACAAUCAGGAUGGAGCCUGCCCUCCCAGAGGUGGUAGAGAAGGUGUCACCUCCUGCCCCAGUGGAAAUUCUGCCUUCCAGUGCAAGUCAGGACAUCUCCCCAACACAGCUGGCUGAGGUUGACGAGUGCCAAGUGAGUCGUGAUAUUUGUGGUGCGGGAAUCUGUUAUAACACCCCUGAUAGCUAUAUGUGCAUUUGUGACGAUGGCUUUAGAAUGGACAGUGAAGUCACUACAUGUGUAGAUAUUGACGAGUGCACAGAGAUCCCGAGAUUGUGUGCCAAUGGUCACUGUCAGAACAUUCCAGGCAGUUUCCUGUGUGCGUGCGAGCCUGGCUUCAUGAUUAACGAGGAGGGCACCAGCUGCUCUGACAUUGAUGAAUGUCAGGAUGAUGUGUGUCCAUCUGGUCUCUGCUAUAACAAUCUGGGCUCUUUCAUAUGUUCUCCGUGUCCAGAUGGUUUCGAAGGGAGAAAUGGCCAGUGCGUCGAUAUAGAUGAGUGUCGAGAUGAAAGAGUGUGCGCUCAUGGUCAGUGCUCCAAUCGGGAGGGAUAUUUCCUCUGCACUUGCGAUGAAGGGUUCUCACUCACUCUUGAUGGCAAGGCCUGCACAGACAUUGACGAAUGCCAGGAUGACAGUGUGUGUAUCCAAGGUCACUGUCAGAACACAGAGGGCUCAUUUAUCUGCAGCUGUGAGCCCGGAUUCAUACUGUCCUCCACAAGAGACCAGUGUGACGAUGUGGACGAGUGUUUGGAGUUACAUCAGACCUGUGAUGGAGUGGGGCAGUGUGUUAAUAUCUUGGGCUCGUAUCAGUGCAAAUGUCCACAGGGUUAUAGACAAGUCAACGGCACCAGCUGCCAUGAUGUUGAUGAGUGCGAAGAUGACACACAAAUGUGCAUCCCGAAUGGAGAGUGUUUGAACACCCAGGGCUCGUUCUUCUGUGUGUGUGACGCUGGCUUUGUGUCCACACAGGAUCCACCCGGCUGUGAAGAUGUAGAUGAAUGUGUGGAUGGCAGCAGGUGUGCAAAUGGUACCUGUACAAACACAGAGGGCUCGUAUCUCUGCCAAUGUCAUGGAGGCUACCUUCUGGAACCAACCAAUCAGACGUGCCAGGACAUGGAUGAGUGUUCUCUGAAUGAGAAUACCUGUGGAAGUCAUGGUGUUUGUCAGAAUACAAUAGGCUCCUUCAGCUGCAAGUGUGACCCGGGAUUCAAGGACUCUCAGGAUGGGCAGGGCUGUGUGGAUAUGAACGAGUGUGUUCUUUUCACUGAUGUGUGUGGUGAGGCAACUUGUGAGAACCUUGAAGGAUCCUUCCUGUGUUUGUGUGCUGAUGAGACUCAAGAAUUCAACCCAACGACAAGCAAAUGCUUCUCCACACCUCCAGACUCAUCAGUGGAGAGGAAGGAUUGUUACUACAACCUGAAUGAUAAGAACCUGUGUGAUAAUGUGUUGGCCAGCAACAUGACUAAAGAGGAGUGCUGUUGUACACUGGGAGCAGGCUGGGGUGACAACUGUGAGGUCCAUCCCUGCCCUAUACCGGAAACAGAUCAGUUCUCACAGAUGUGUCCGGCGGGCCUGGGGAAGAUUCCAACAGGAGACUCUGUGAUUCCAGGAGUCAGCCUAGCAGAAAACUUUAAAGACGCAGAUGAAUGCAUUCUUUUUAAAGACGAGAUUUGCAAAGAUGGCUUUUGUCUCAACACCCUUGGUGGGUACGAGUGUUACUGCAAGGCUGGACUCUACUAUGACGAGAGCAAACUACAAUGUUUUGACACUGAUGAAUGUGUGGACGAGUCUAACUGUUUAGAUGGUGAAUGUAUGAACAACUACGGCUCAUAUCAGUGUUUCUGCACUCCUCCUCUGGUUCUUGCACCGGACAAGACACGCUGUAUUUUAACGGCUUUAGCAGGGCAAAGAGAAGCUGACGUGGAUGGAGGUAUUUGCUGGGAGACUGUGACAGAAAGACUGACCUGCACAAGACUGAUAGCCAACAUACAAACCACAUUCACAGAGUGCUGCUGUUUAUACGGAGAAGCCUGGGGAAUGGACUGCGCUCUCUGCCCUCCGAAAGAUUCAGAUGCUUAUGCCAUUAUGUGUAAUAUCCGUAUGUCCGGUGGUCACCGUCAGCCAUAUGGUCAAGAUGCUCUGGUCGCUGGCCCAAUUCAUGAGUAUGAGGUCAGCCCCGAAUACGGCACCCGACCUCUGAACCCUGAUGGCUCGCCGUCCCUAUAUGAAGAUUAUGACGUACACAGAAGUUCAUUUAAUGCAUUUGAGGGAUUGCGAGCAGAGGAGUGCGGCGUGCUGAACGGAUGUGAGAACGGGCGGUGUGUGAGGGUACAAGAGGGAUACACCUGCGACUGCUUUGAUGGAUACAUACUAGACUUGUCCCACAUGGCCUGUGUGGAUAUUAACGAAUGCUCAGAGCUGAACUCAAAGAUGUACCUUUGCAAGAACGGCAAGUGCAUCAACACGCCAGGUUCAUACCAGUGUGUGUGUCUGCCGGGAUUCAUCCACUUGGCGCAGCACAACUACUGUGUGCCCCACAGACAGAAUGCAACCAGCACGAGCAGGGAGUGACCACCAGAGGGCUCUUUUUUUAAUCAAGGCCCAUAUAUUCUGCACUGUAUAAAACAAACACCCAAAAAUAAAAGAUUCCUACUUGAGAUUAAGAGUUUAACGUGCUAUUUUAUGGUGUCUACAAGAGAACUGUAUAAAAUAUUUGUUUUAUUGGUCUAUGUACGUUUGUUAUUAUUUCUGUCUUAGAAAAUAUAAAUACUUUAGGUGUGAAGAAAGAAUGAUUUUUCAGCGAAAUGACAAACCCUAUGAAUUUAAGCUGGGGGACUGAUUUAUUUUUUCCCAGUCAAAGACACCGUACUUGUGGAUAUUUUAACAGCUAAACUCUCUCAUUCUUGCUUCUCUUCUCUUCUUUCAUUGUCAUCUCCAUUUUUUUCCUUUUCUUUUUCUAAAUCAAAUAUUGUCCAAUUCUUCAUCUCUCUCUUUCCCUCUCUCUCUUCAUGUGUUUCAUUUCACUCAGCUUCACUUUUUCUCCUUAUCAUCUUAGUGAGGCAGACCACACCACAAACCUGCAAUAAUCAGAUUUAUAGAAAACAAACACACCCACACUCAUAGCACUUGUUGUCAGUGUCAAGUCUUUAAAAUAAGCUUUAUAUAUGAGCUGCUUUGUAUUAAUAACAGAUGUCAGCUAAUUCUCUAUGUCUGGGACAUUGGUCCACUGCGGAUACCUGCCCUGUGGAGCAGGUAUGACCUUUAACCUCACUUUUCUUCUAGAAAUUAUUAUUAUUAUAAAAUUUCUUCAAAAAGAAAAUAAUAAAAUGAAGUGCCUUUAUGUAUGUUUUCAGAUAUUAUUAUUUUUUAACAGAACUCUUACUGCAUUCAAUAGAGUUGGCGAAAUGUCUUGCCAAGUUGCAAAGCUGCUAUUAAACAGCCGUGGGAUUUUGUUUGUUUUUUCACUCUUUUGUUUUUUUUUGUACAUUUAAACUGAAGAGUUGAUAAAAAAAAUUAUGUAUUCGUAAUGUGUACAUGAAUAAAUACCUUCUGAAUAUCCAUAUAUUGUAUUAAAGGUCUUGAAUAAAUUAGAU